AUGCACACUUUUAAAACGUUACAUAAAUAUUUCGAACAAAAGACCUCGGAAUGGAAUAUCCUAGGCUUUCUUGAAAGUUGUGACCUGGAACCUUAUUCUAAGAAAAUAAAAGAAUACCUUAUAAAGAUUGCAGAUACGGAUGAAGAUCAAAGACGCGAAAGGGCUUGGAAAUUACAAGAUAUAAAGAGGGCCAAAGAAUGGGAAAAGACACGUUCGGGUAUGCGAGUUCAUAUCGAUCGAUCAAUGGAACAAAAUUCGAUGGAUAAUUAUUCCAUUCCUGAUCACGAGGAAGUUGAUAACGAAGAUAUUUACACAAAAAACAUCCAAUUUUUUCAUAAGAACGUGACAGAAGAAGUUCUGCGAGAUGCUUCAGAUCCAGAAUCUGAAAAGAGCCACUUAAAGAAGAUCUGGAAUUCGUUUGAGUCAUUAUGUGAAAUAAAGAAAAUCCGAUAUUCUUGCGAUACCAUAUCAUAUACAGGCAUUUUUGCUCAUAAAGACACUUUGAUCUAUUAUGGAUCCAAGACAUUUAUAAACGAUUAUCACCUAUUAACUUGUGAACAAACGGAACUUUCUUAUCGUGAAGAUUUUGUCAAUCCAAUAAUUGCAAAAGUUUUUGAUGAUAUCAUGGAUCUAAGUCGAGUGAAGACGAUAACGCCAACAUCACUUACAACGUGGAGCGAAAGGGCAACAACUCGCUUCCUUGGAAUCUUAUGGAAUCAUUGUAUAC